AUGGAACUAUCAUUUCAUUAUUUGUCAGAGAACCAGCUCAUUUGUGUGUUACAGCCUGGCCCGCAACCUGGUCUACAGCCUGUUCAGGGUCUGCAAGGAGAGUAUGGGAGUCAACAGAAUAAUCGGCUUCAGAAUAGAAAUUAUGGACAGGGUAGUAGGCGAAACUCAGGAUUUGGGGCGGCUAGGAUUCUGACACCACCAACUUCUAGAUCAAAUCUGGUGCCAUCUUUUCAGCAGCAAAAUAUUGGGGCUGGGAAUAACUUUAAUCAUGAUCAACAAAGUAAAGAAGACAAGCGUGGUCCACCUCCUAGGAACUUCAAUGGUCCCCCUCCAUUUGGGCAGCGAGGUCCCCCAAAGGGACCUCGAGAGCAUGGAAUGGACGGAGCUCCAACGUUUGGUCAAAGGGGCAGAGGGAACUUCAACGAGCGGGGCCCACUUCCAGGCAGUAGGGGCCCUCCCCUUAGGCCGCCGCUUGGCUCCCGAUGGGAUGGAGAUGGCCCUGGUCCUCGGGGACCUCGCUCUCGCGGCCCUCCCCCUGGUGGUCUUGGUUGGCAACCACGCCAUGGAGGCCCCCCUGGCCCUCCUAGAGGCCCGCCACGGGGUUUCAAUCCACGUAUGGGUGGGUCACCUGGGUCGAGGGGACCCUUCCCUGGGCCUCCAGGCCGGUUUAAUAGGCCACCUGGACAUAUGGGAAUGAAUAGAUUCAACAGACCUCCUGUGUGA